UCCAUUGCAUCAGAAAGCGCCAAAUUGCGGUCGAACGAACAGCUCAAAUCCAGCAUCGUCGGGCAAAUUGAUUCGUCAUUCCAUGCCUCGAAUGUACGCGUAGCAUCCACAAACGAGAAAUUUCGGUGCUCGUCCAUAUAAAAAAAUCACCAGCUGUCGGAACUGAUUAUUCGAUUCGAGACCUUGUGCGGGGCAAGUUUGAAAACAGAAGUGACUCAUCGUGAUCAAAGAGGUCUACAGGAGUGAAAAGCGGAACCCGGAAAUUCAAAGAUACAAGGUUGAGCGAUGGAGCUUCCGCACUUGGGCAAACACUGCUCGGAGCAGUACUGCCACAAGUUGGACUUUCUGCCGAUGAAGUGUGACGCCUGUGACGCGAUAUUUUGUUCCGAUCACUUCAGCUACAAGGAUCAUGCUUGUCCGUCCGCCUACAAGAAGGACGUCCAAGUACCGAUAUGUCCGUUGUGCGGGGAACCGGUACCUACCCCCCGAGACGUAUCACCCGACGUCACAGUUGGAGCUCACAUCGAUCAGCAGUGCCGAUCGGAACGGAAGAAAAUUUACACCAAUCGCUGCUCGUACGGGACGUGCAAGAAAAAGGAACUGAUUCCGGUUAACUGUACCGUGUGUCGUUUGAACUACUGUCUAAAACAUCGUCACACAACCGACCAUGAUUGCCAGGGGCCAGCCGCCGGGCAACGGAAUCUCGUAGCGACAGCUGCCAUUCAGCGACAAACGACUAAAGCUCCCACUGCGGGAAACCCGGCGGUGACAAGUCGACAGACAGUUCCCGGAGCGGGUUUCGCAGAGGUUACCAGUACGACUACCAACCAUUUAGCCAUUGUUCAGGGUAGCAUGUCGGAAGAUGAGGCCCUGGCACGUGCGAUAGCUUUAUCGAUGCAGCAAGAAGAUGAUGAAGCCCAACAAAGGCGAACACGUGAAGAAAGAAACCCUGUCAGUGCACCGAGACGGAUCGCUGUCGGCAACGGAAGUUCGUCUUCGGGCGCUGCUAAAGAUCGCUGCAAUCUCUCGUGAGGGAUUCCGAGCACUCGAUUUCCAGUCGGGAUCAUUCCAUUAUUACUACGACAAUCGGAUGAGCAGCGGAGGUUGAAGAAUUAUCAUCGGACGCGCGAGUCGAAGGUUUUCUUGUGCGAAAAUGUGCUUUGUUUUUUAGCGACCUCUUUUGCGAGACCAAGAAGGGCACCACUGCUUUAGUACGCUUUGAUAUAAGAGCACAAUGGCCACGCCUCCAAAUGAUUGUUAGGUUAACUGUGCCAGCGGAAACGAAAACUGUAAUACAUCACCAAUAUUUAUGCUUGUUUUAA